AUGGCCAUGGCAGCUACUUCAGCGUGCGCCUCUUCAAUCACCACCGCCACAACCACCAAGCCACUCAUCCGCUCUCUUCCUUGCUCUCACCUCCCCGCCCUAAACCCCUACAGUCUUCAACCAUCCUUGACUCCUAUGUCUCUCCGAACCCCGAAAACGACGCGCAGACCUGUAUUUUACGCCUCCGCGAGCACGACCUUCGAGGUCGCCCAGGUCCCAACUCCUGUCACUCCGUCCAAGCUCUUGCCUUUUUGGGUCGGGCACGAGUUCGACCUGCACCGGCUAGAGCCUGGGUACCCUCUGAUAAUCGACGACAUCGAUAUACCCCACAAUAAAGGCUGCUAG